AUGAGCAAGGACUUCCACGACAUCGACGGGGAGCGCACUGCGCACUGGAACACCGUCGUGCACGGCGUCGAGGCGGGCGGCGGCUGGGUCCUGGUCGACGACCGCUUCCUCCCUCUGCGCGUCCGGGGCCUCGCGGUGCUGAGGCGGCUCGAGCCACGGGAGGCCGUGCGGCUGCAGCAGGUAUCACAUGCUGCGGAUCACAUGGACACAGACCUCGAUAGGGUUGAGUUCGUCGACACGGAUGGCGAUACCGUCUUGUUCACGAAGAGUGGUUCUGGUAACAUUGAUUGUUCGGUGAACGGCUGCGUCAAGGUCCGAUGCCUGACUGAGCUGGUCACAGAUGGCUCUAAGCUGCGCAUGAAGGGCACCCCUGCUGGCAAGUGGAGUGGUUCAUGGAGUAUGGCACCUCCUGACAUGCGCUCUGCGGACGAAGCUGUGGCGUUAUUUGGCCGAAGGAAGCACGUCCAGUGA